AUGCCAAGGAAGAGUAAGAGGUCACAGGUUGCAAGCCAGCGCUGGCAGAGGUUUCAUGACAUUGACCGUGUGAGUACUGGACAAGCAGAUGGUAUUCCUCAGAGCAGUGGAGAGGUAAAGAGGUCUGAAGUGUCUGAUGCUGUGAAACAGGGAGGUGAAAAUGCAUCAUGUCAACCACAGGUAUCUUAUGCAGACGUGCUUAAGAGGAGACGUGUAAGUGAGUCACCUGCAGCAGGUCCUAACUCUCAUCAGGUGAACUACAUAGCCCAAACUGAAAAGCCAUGCUCAACCCAGGUAUCACAUGCAGACACUGUUAAGAAGGGAAACCACAGUAAUUAUCAGUCUGUAUCAGGCUCUUCUCAGGUAAGAAAUGAGAACGCUGUUAAUCAGUCAGGUGAACAAAACGUCUGUGCGUCACGCAGCCAAGCAUCUCUGAAAUACGGCCAAUCCAGGAACCAGCAGUGCACCUGUAACUCACUGACAUUUCUAGCAUUCCUGUAUGAGAGAGAACACAUCACCAGAGCAGAUCUGGACCGUGUUUUGGAUAAAGGUGAUGUGAUGUACAGAAAAGUCAGAAAAACUGUUUAUCACAGCCAUCUGACAACCGAUGAGCUCCCUAAACAGGUUCCUGCACGCAGACACACGCAGAUUUUUGACAAGUUACAGCUGUCUAGAUACGGUACGUUUGGAGAUCCGGAUCCCGGAGCUGUUGAUACCUUUCUGGACCUCGUUUCAGGACUGAGCUGCUUAUUAUCAGAUGUGCAGUAUGCUUUGCUGCUAAUGACUUCACUGUGCAUUGCAGUUUUCAGAACCAGAGAUGGCAGGUACGGUUUCUUUGACCCACAUGCUAGGACAGCUAACGGUUUGCCUCUGCUUAAGGCCACACCUACUCCUGGUACCGCUGUCAUGGUAACAUUCACACGCCUCAGUGACAUGAUUGCCAGGCUCAUCAGGUAUCACCACAUAUUGGGCACAGCAGCGUCCUGUCGCUAUGAGCUCAAGCCAGUUGUGUUCUGUGAUGUGAACCCAAGUGAUGCUAUCCCAGCCACAGAAAGUCCGUCCACAAGUCCCUCUGUAACAACCACUGUGAUAAAUGAUGACACAAGUGCUCCACAGAUGAACACUGAUGUCCAUGAAAACACUGAAUGUGACAUGGAAACUGAACCAGAACCACUGAUCGACUUCAGCCAGUGUUCUGUCACAUUAACUGGUCCUGAAUCUCUCGUUCUGGAGAUGAACACUACUGUAAGUGAUGACACAUCACAGAAAGUCUCAACUCUGAUGGAAACACAAGCUCGUCAACCAGGUCAAAUCAGCAUGAAUUCUGUCAAAGAGGAAACUCAGGAGACACAAUCAAAUUUGACACAACCAUUUAUAACUAUCCCUGUCACAAGUGACAAUGUCCUCCAUGACAUUUCUAGUAAACUGUCAAAAUUGAACAAACAGCAAAAAAAGAAAUUUAAGAGGAGACUAAUGAGAUCUGGAAAGACAUCUCAAAAGAAAGAGAAUCAAAAAAGGAGAGAGAGAGAAAAGUAUGCUAAGAAUGAAACAUAUAAAGCAAAGAAAAAGUCUUAUUCAAGUAACAAAUAUUCUGUAAAUCCUGAGAUACAGACAAAGAAAAGACAAAAGAUCACAUCUAAAUAUAGAGAAAGCACAGACUACAGACUGAAACAAAAAGAAUAUAUCACACGAAAAUACAGGGAAAAUGUUGAUUUUAAAGGCAGACAGAAGUUAUAUUUCAGGAAAAAUAUGGAGAAAAUAUUGAUUUUAGAGGCAGACGAAAAGAAUAUUUCACGAAAAAAUACAGAGAAAAUGUUGAUUUCAAAGGCAGACAAAAAGAAUAUAUCAGGAAAAAAUACUCUGAGGAUGUUAAUUUCCGGCAAAGACAGCGAUCAUAUAUUAAUCAUCGAUAUGCAAAUGAUGAAAUAUUCUGUCACCGACACAGACAGCUGA